AAAUAUUUAAAUCCAUUUUCAGCUCUGCCUCUCCAACUUCUCGUAGUUUUUCUGGUGCUUUCCAAACUCUUCCAUGGCUGCCGUCGCUUACUGCUCGCUUCCACUUGCUCCUGAAACCUCCGAACGCCUCUUCAACGCCUCACCGAGGCUCGGCAUCUCUUCCACUUCCAGAAAGCUCAAAGCGAACAGGCUCUCCUUCUUUCCUAGACUCUCGAGACUGCCGCCGCUCCUUCAAGUGAAGUCCAAGCCGGAGGAUUCUGACUAUACUCUGAGCACGACUACCUUCACCGAGUUCAAUCAAUUGCUUCUUCCGGUGGUAGAUCGCAACCCGUAUCUCUCUGAGGGUACAAAGCAGGCCACAGCUACUACUGCUGCUUUAGCAAAGAAGUAUGGUGCUGAGAUAACGGUCGUAGUUAUUGAUGAGAAAGAAAAGGAAACAUUAACCCAGCACGAUACUCAGCUAGCUAGCAUUCGAUGGCAUUUAUCCGAAGGGGGUUUCCAAGAAUUCAAGUUGUUGGAGCGACUCGGGGAAGGGAACAAGCCAACUGCCAUAAUCGGAGAGGUUGCCGAUGACAUGAACAUGGAUUUGGUGAUAAUGAGCAUGGAGGCAAUCCACUCCAAAAAAGUGGAUGCCAACCUGCUGGCCGAGUUCAUUCCCUGCCCCGUGAUACUCUUACCACUCUGAUUAUGGGGGUUCUGGCUUUCGAUUUUUUUUUUUUUUCAUCACGACACCAACCAUGAUCCGGAGACCACCACCGGAGAAACUACUGCUUUGGAUUAUGAUUAAGUUAGAAAGUCGGUCGAGUCGAGGGGGGAAUUGAACUGUAAUCGUGGUUUGUCUAGACUAGUCAUGUGUGUUAGCUAUGCCUAUGGCUUGAUUUGAAACUCCAUGGCUGGCUUUGGAAGGGGAGUCGUUUUUGUGUAUACAUGUUUUGAAUGCAGAAAUGGGCAUGCAUUUUGUUUAAAAAUAAAAUAGGCACUUUUUGAGUUUUA